GUGACGGCGGCGGCGGGGGUAUGAGCAGUUUCGGGGGCCGCACGCGGGAGUACCCCUGGGUGUCCAUCGACCGCUUCGACCGUGAUAACCUACGCGCGCGGGCCUACUUCCUGUCGCACUGCCAUAAGGAUCACAUGAAGGGGCUGAGGGCGCCAUCCUUAAAAAGGCGACUGGAGUGCAGCCUAAAAGUUCAUUUAUACUGUUCUCCAGUAACGAAGGAGCUGCUGCUGACCAACCCAAAAUACAAGUUUUGGGAGACUCGCAUUAUUGCACUUGAAGUUGAAACUCCAACUCAGAUUUCUUUAGUUGAUGAAACAUCGGGUGAGAAAGAAGAUAUAGUGGUGACGCUUCUCCCAGCUGGUCACUGCCCGGGAUCAGUCAUGUUUUUGUUUCAGGGUGAAAACGGCACAAUUCUUUAUACUGGGGAUUUCAGACUAGCAAAAGGAGAAGCAGCCAGGAUGGAGCUUUUGCAUUCAGGGAAAAGAGUGAAAGACAUUCAGAGUGUGUAUUUAGACACAACCUUCUGUGAUCCCAGAUUUUAUCAUAUCCCUAGCAGGGAGGAAUGUUUAAAUGGGAUAUUAGAGUUAGUACGUAGCUGGAUCACGCUGAGCCGCUAUCAUGUUGUGUGGCUGAAUUGCAAAGCUGCCUAUGGAUAUGAAUAUUUGUUCAUAAACCUCAGCGAGGAGCUUGGAACCAAGGUGCAUGUGAACAAGCUGGAUAUGUUCAAAAACAUGCCAGAAAUAUUGUACCAUGUCACUACGGAUCGGCGCACUCAAAUUCAUGCAUGCCGGCAUCCACGAGAUGAUGAGUAUCUUCGAGGGAAUAGGUUGCCCUGUGGAAUUACUUCCCAAAAUGGAACCCCACUGCGCAUCAUUAGUGUCAAACCUUCCACAAUGUGGUUUGGAGAGAGAACCAGAAAAACCGAUGUAAUAGUAAGGAUUGGGGAGAGUUCAUACAGAGCUUGUUUUUCUUUUCACUCUUCAUACAGUGAGAUUAAGGAUUUCUUGAGCUAUAUCCGUCCAAUGAAUGUGUAUCCCAAUGUAAUUCCAGUGGGAGCGACGGAGGAAAAAGCUCUUGCAAUCUUAAAGCCAUUAUGCAGGUCAUACAGGAGAAAUACUGAACCCAAAUAUAAACCACUGGGAAUGCUGAAGAGAACCAGAACAACAGACUCAACAGACACAGAUGACGAUGAUGAGCUCUUCAAUGCAGAACUGGCUCCUAUAAGGUAUAAGAUUUCAAAACAUCAAGCAGAGACAGUGCUGCCUGUGACACAAGCUUCGUCUAAAAACUCUGAAGGAAUCCAGAGUGAGAAUGCAAGAAAUUACAAAGCAACCACUAUGCCUACCUCUUCACAGGUUGACUUCAUAGAAUGUGAGGAAUCAAACGGUGAGGAGGAUGAAGAGGAGGAGGAUGAACAAUUUAAUAAAAAUACAGUUUGUCCCCAGGUUGCACCCCAGGUUCCAGACUCUACUGCUGUACCAGAAAAUAUUGAGCAAAAAGCUCAUUUAGACUUGACUUGUGAGUUACCUAGUGACGAGCAGGAUGCAGAAACACCACGGUGGGAUGUUUUCUUUAAGCUGGACAGUAAAACUGAUGAUGGUUCUGAAACCGAGGACCAGCUUCCGUCUUCUGCAGAUGCUGGUGGGUCCCAGUCACCAAACUUGUUCAGUGAUUCAGAAGGGCAGAGUGAUUCUACCCACAUCUCCUCGCAGAAUUCUUCUCAGUCAACUCACAUAUCAGAGCAGGGGAGCCAGGGGUGGGACAGUCAAAUGGACACGGUGCUCAUUGCCUCCCAAGAGCGGAAUGUUGCUGAUUUCAGCUGGUUAAGCAGGGGUGGGAACAGAAUAACCACAGCUACAUCACUUUUCAUGGGUAAUCAAGCUGACCCCAACAGUUUGAAGCGUUUGGACCAAAGUGAACCUGGCCAAAAUAAGAUUGACUGUGAUUUGAAAGGCAAAGACCACAAAAAAGAGACAGAAGAUGUUACUUCUGUAACACAAAAUAUGCUACUUGAAGUAAAUAAUGACACAUCAGAAACCCCUGAUCUUGAACUGAACAGAGACUCUCAAAACUCAUCUGACUUUGAAAUCCCCUCAACCCCUGAUGCUGAGUUACCUCUGCCAGAUAAGCUGCAAUAUCUUUACAAGAAGCUAGCAGCAGGUGAAACAAUAUACAGAAGGAAAAUCUGAGCUGUCCUAAAGGAAGUAUCCAACUAUAUUCAGAUAUUUAUACAAAUAAGUCCUGCAUAUUUCCUCUGUUUACAUCCAGGAGCAGUUUUGGAAGGGAAAGUAAUUAGCAAUCAUGUCUUGCACUUCCUUGAAACUCUGUCACUACUGGGGAUAAGAAGGGACCUCUUGGCACUGUGAAAAUGAAGAAAUCCCUAAUGAGAGAUCUCAAAAUUCUUCUAUUUGGGAAGAGGAAAACACUGUAUUUUUUUAA